AGUAAUCAUUUCAGCGCUUAAAGCAAUGGAUAUAUUCUCAUAAUUUCAAACAAAUAUGAGACCCAGAUCAACAGAAUACAGGCAUGGAAGAAAAUAUACCAGAACCACUUUCUGCGAAGAACAAAAGUUCUUUUGCAUAUUUCACUAUCAGAGACCGCCUUCCUGUAAUAUUGUCGAAAGUGGCAGACACAGUUUACAGGAAGAAAACAAUUGUCAAAGAUAUCCAUGGAGAGGAUGCCACCGAGGAGCUGAAGUUCAUUGCAGGCUGUAUAUCCAAAUUAAGGAAUGAGCUACAGACCAACAAACCUUUGGUGCCCCUGAAGGACAAUGGCCCUGACACAGAGGUCUGGAACCUCUCUCUGGCUGAGCUCACCCAGAGGGAGGGUGGGGAGCCCAAGUGGUUCGUAUCUCCCUGGCUCUAUGUGGAGUGUUACAUGUAUCGCAGAAUACAGGAGGCCAUAGCGCAAUGUACAAUUUUACACAACUUGGAUCCUUUUGAGGAGCAGAAGAAGAAGGCCUUCACAGAUUCCGAGGAAGCUACUGAGGUGUUAUUACAUUACCUGAGACAAAUCUCGGAGAUGGCAGCAUCUGCCUCAGAUGACGAUAAAGAGGAAUAUCUGCGAGAAUUUCUGCAGAUUGCUUUAUGGGGAAAUCGCUGUGACCUGUCCAUCUCUGCCUCUCAGGAGAACUCGCAGACCGAGUCGAUCCUUGAUCAGCUGCACCACCUGGAGCCCAACAUUCUGGUCAACGACACAAAGCAGGUCCUGAGCUGUCUGAGGUCAAAUGUCAAGGACAGAGCCAUUGACAUAGUGCUGGACAAUGCCGGAUUUGAACUUGUAACCGACCUCUGUUUAGCUGAAGUUCUUCUAAUGUGUGGAUGGGCGGAUUGUAUCCGCAUGCAUGGGAAAGCAAUGCCAUGGUUCGUCUCUGAUGUCACCAGCAGUGACUUUGAGUGGACAUUUGAUUCUCUUGUUAAAUCAUCAAGACCUUCUAUGGCUUACUUUGGUGAACUGUGGAGGCAGCGUUUAGAAAAGAAAUCCUGGAUGUUUACCGUUGAAGAUUUCUGGACCAUUCCUUAUGACUUUGCUAAAAUGAAAACAAGUGCAUCUAGUCUCUAUGAGCGUUUUAAAGACUCAAAAAUCGUGUUUUUCAAAGGGGACUUGAAUUAUAGAAAACUUCUUGGUGAUUUAGACUGGAAUCCAACCACACCAUUUGAAGUCACUUUACGAGGGUUUCAUCCCACACCUUUAUGUGCACUACGCACCUGUAAGGCCGACUUGAUAGCAGGGUUAGCUGCUGGUCAGAAAGAAACGGUCGAAAAACAGGACAAGAACUGGAUGUUAAAUGGAAACUGGGCUGUAAUAUCUUUCUGUGGAAAGUCUAACCAAUGAAACAGUGUCUUUGCUUUUUGAAUUCAAAACUACCAGUA